CUUUGCCCACUGCUCAAGGGUCCAGUUCUCGUGCUCUUCAGCCCAGGCCUUCCAGAAUUGUCGAUUUUUCUCUGUAAUAGGUGGCUUCUUACAGGCAACUCGCUGGCAGAAUAUGCAUCUGGUUAAGCAUACAUUGGUUUAUGUGCUUGAUUACCCACAAACCGAAAGUCGCGGCGAAGAAGAUUGUCGAAAGCUUAAGAAAACCCAUUCGGCGAGUGAUGGUUCUUGGCUGGCCAGUACUACGCCCAGCAGUGGCAUUAGAAGCGCGUAUCGAAUUGCGGAUCCGGGCCGCCGUGAAGCUAGUAAUGCAAUAAAUCUCGACUUGGUUUAGGCGGGCAUCAAAAUAUAACGUUCGGACUCGUUGGCGCUCUUCGGUGCUGAGCUGUUUCGUACCGCUAGAGCCCUGUGGCCGGGCCAUUGCUGUGUAUGUUGCUGUACCGUGUAG